UCGUCUGGGCUGGUCGUCUCCAUUCGGCUCUGUUCGGUUGUGCUCCGCUAGAUUCGGCUAGGCUCUCAUUGGUUCGGCUCCGUUCGUCUCGAUUCGGCUAGGCUCUCAUUGGUUCGGCUCCAUUCGUCUCGGUUCGGCUGUGCACGCUAUCGCUCAGUCCGCAGCCCCGGCCCGGCCCCGCCGGAGGCGAGGGCUUGGUCGGCACAGUGGGACCAGUGGACGUGGAGCAGAGGGUGGCCGGUCUGUCCUCGGAUCCUGCUCAAAGACACGGCGUUACUGAAACGGGACACUCAGAUCAGGCGUUUGCCGACUGUCUGGUGUUCAGGGAGAGAGAUGUCGUUGAAACCAUUCACCUAUCCAUUGCCCGAAACAAGAUUUCUUCAUGCUGGCAGGCAUGUGUACAAAUUUAAAAUCCGGUAUGGCAACUUCAACAGCUCUCCCAAUCUCAGUCUCACUGAAAGUGCUGCCAAGGAGUUGGAGGAAGUGAUUCGAGUAAUCCUUGGAAAUAUUGAUGAUUUGCAUCCAUUUUCUACAGACCACUUCACCGUCUUUCCAUAUUUGAGUAAAUGGGAGCAAGUAUCAAAGAUGAAAUUCAAACAUGAGAAUGUCCAUCUCGUGCCUUAUCCCUACAUUUGUACGUUGUAUCUAGAAUUGAACUCAUUUCAGCGAAAUGUAUCUUGUGGUAAAGAAGUGAACAAGGGCAGUGAUGAGCUUGUCAGGAGAAGAAACAAAAUGUUAGAAGGUACUGCAAUGAAAGAAGCAGUGAAGAGGAGAAGAGUGGAAGUCAGAGGUGAUACCUCAUGCCCACAGUCAUGUAUGGACAGAACUGGAGCUGACUGUGUUCACCACAUGAAUAAAGCAGAGCAAGGAUUUGAAAAGAAUUCCUCCAAAGCAAAUGAGCUUGAGUUCAGCCCAGCAUCCCUUACUAAAGACUGUGACCAACUGAAUUUCUGGGGGCCUGUGGAACUUGCCCUUGAACAAAAAAGAGCAGCCAGUCAGGCCGAGGGUGCAGUGCAGCUGCUGCAGCAAAUGGACCAAACAGGAAAGAAAGGAAACAUGAAGUCAGAAGGAAGAGGUCUUUCACAGUUCUGGAGAAGCAUCAUCUUUUCGCCACUACAACAUCUUUUUGGUGGAAAAAAACUGACCUGGAAGUACUAAUCGUUGUGGAAAGGUAGAUUUGUAGUAUGACUGUUGGGUUGCACUGUUUCUUCUGUAAUUCAGCUUUUCACAUUGAUUGUCUCAGCUAUUAAAUGCUUUAAACUAAAUUCUACUUUGCUAAUGUUUUCAAAGCAAUCUUAUGAAGAUGUUGGGUUAGAACAACAUGUUGGGUUUUUCUUCACAUCUUAGAGGUUUUGGAAUAGAGCAAGAAACUUGCUUUUAAGUUUUUAAUACUUAAGUGUCAUAAAUUGUGAAUUUCACGUUAUGUGGUAUUCUAAUAAAACAAGCAUAAGUUUGGA